ACCGGACAGUUUCAACGGUCCGGGAACUCCCAACCGUUCUGAGAGAACAGAACAGGGUCAUCUGUGGCGAUCCAGUUCUACAGACAAAAGCAUGGAUGUUGGCGAAAGUUCCCUCCCAGACACUAUCAAUCCGAACAAUUUCCCUGCCAAACUGUGGCGUUUGGUGAACAACCCGGCCAACAAAGCCAUCUGCUGGGACAGCCUAGGCGAGGUCGUCAUCAUUGAUCAAAAGCUCUUCGAGAGGCAGAUCCUGUCUCCCACCAGCACCCCCUCGGACAGCGCCGAUGCCUUCAAAACGACCAACUUCUCGAGCUUUGUCCGCCAGCUCAACCUGUAUGGCUUCAGGAAAGCCGACGCAGCUAUUAAGGACAGCCAUCAUCACACCAGGGACAGCGGGACUUGUCAUCAUUUUUACAACCCAAACUUCAAGCGAAACCACCCUGAACUUGUCGUGAGUCUGAGGAGACUCACUGUCGACAACAAGGCCAAGCUACAAGCUGGUCUGAACGUGAAUUGUCGGCCUCCGAGUCGAUACCAGAGACACAGCGGGGGUGAUGAUGGCAGAGACAAAGAAGUGAAAAGAGGAAGUUCACUACUUAGCCCCACACAUCAGGAGUCAACUCAUCCUUACUAUCCACAUAAAGCUCAGGCCACGACAGCACACAAUGGAACCCCAGUCCCACCACGAUAUCUGAGAAGGGGUCCUGAUGCAGCUCUUUCUCCUUCUGUCUUUGCUACAGACAAAGGGAUACCAGUAUCUUUAAGCCACCACUACACUGGUAUAGCCUCAAGCUUCAAUGCUGUGCACAUUCAGCAGGGUUUACUGGCCCGUGCAAACCAUGGAAAUCCAAAUGUCAGCACUUUUAAUUCUCGUAAUGCACAGUCUCAGCCUGGCUACUAUUCCCCAGUUUGCCAGUGCUACCAUCCAAACCUUGUGGCAUCACAUAUGACAGGUAGUGGGCUUCAGACAGGGCCGUUCUCCCCCCAUAGUUAUUACCAGGCAGGAUAUCCUCUGAGUGUGUUGUGUCAUGGGGACCACAGCGAAGACUUAAAGAAUAAGGAAAAACAGGAGGUGAAAAAAUGUGACAUGAACUUGGACACAAUUUUCCAGAUUGCUGAUGAAGUGAUGCAAACUCCACCCAAUAACUGCCUUGUUAAGGUUGUGACGCCAGAGAAGCCAGGCCCUGUGUUGGAGUUGUCCUCCAACACCUGUCACACCAUGCUGUGUGACAACCCUGCCAGUAUCAUGAAAGCUAACCUUUUAUGUGCUGGACCCACCAUAAUGGCUGUGUCAGGCAAUGUUGAGCUAGUCACAUAUGGACAGCAGGAGGAAUCUGUGGUUUCAGUGCCUGAGCAAAUGCCUGAAGAUGCCAUAUUUGAGGUUACCAGUGAUGAUGCAAAGGACACUGAGAUCAUAACGGUCAAGAUCAACGACACUAACUUUGAUCCCAGUCAGGCUUAAACCGGCAGCUGCAUUGGAAGUCAACCAAAUCUUUAGAUCUCAACAUGUUGAUGUGAUUGGCAUGUGACAGGGUGUCCUGAGGAUGUGAUGUGUAAUAGUGAAGUUUUCACUAUUACCAGACUUCAAUCUCUACUUUAAUAAUUAUUUGUUGUGAAAAGGUUUGUUGCAUUUGUGUGCUCUAA